AUGAAAAGAAGGUGGCUCGGUUUCUGGUUGAAGGGCUCUCGAAAAGCGCUCGACUUGCUGCAGCCUGCUACCGGCUUCCGGACAAAUCUCGGCGCUGGAAAUUUCUGGUUUUCGGAUUGCCGGAGGCUUGGUUCAGCCGGGUGUGCUCGGUUUUACUCAGCCGCUGGUAAAAGCUCGGCCUCGGGUGCUCGGAGAAUUGCUUCAGUCGCAGACAGCCUACUCUCGGCUUCGCAUAGGGCCAGCUCUUUGCCGCGAACAGAGGCCUCCUCUCGGCAUCUGGUGUGCUCGCCUCGCCGGAAAUCUGGUGGCCCUCGGUCGGGGUUCGUCGUCACGCCUGGAGGUCGAAAGUCGGAUCGCAGCUCGACGUCGGAAAAAGCUCCGCCGCUGCCGCUUCUUUGCGGUUCACCUGCCUCGCGUCGUCGGUCGUCAAAUAUUAAGGGUCGCCGUCUGUCGGGAUCGAGGGUCGAGGUUUCCGAGUCGCUGCUAGUGGUCGGACGAAGCGGUUGCCGGUCGAAGCUCUGA